CAAGCUAGAGCAUCGCCAUUUUGUCAGGAGGUUUUUUUUCCUCUGCUCAGUCUUUUCAAAUGUUCUCCCUUCCCGCCGGAAUAAUGCUGUCAGAAGAUAUAUGUUUGACGUUUUUGGAUGUUGAAAUGCGCGCAGUGGAUCGGAUCAAGAAAGUCAAGAGGCCGAUGUUUUAAUUGAGCUGAAAUAAUUAGGCGGCGCCGCACUAACUCAGUUGUCCGUGUCUCUGGUCCACCGGGCCGGUUCACUGCGCAGGUUUGGACCGCGCGCCAUUUUGUGAAAAUUGACUCAAAAUUCCUAACCAAAAUUAUCAGAGGACGCGGCUUCUGGUUUGUGUUUUGAUAAUCUGGAUGUAAUUGUAUUGUCGCACUAGUCGAAGUGACCGAUGUGAAUUGUGUAAAGAUAGCGUUAAAUCUGAAUUUGGCAUAACGUUUGUUUAGCGGUAGCUAGAAUAGUUAGCUUGAGGCCAACCAGGGCAGGUAGCUAACGUUAGCUGCGCUCAUUUUGUCAUCCAGCUAGCCAGCUCGCUAAGGUUAGCUAGUGACUUAUGCGUGCUGCUUAGCAUGUUGCUUGUCAUCGGCUAAUAUUAACAUUUGCUGAAGUUAUUUCGGCCUUGGAUAUUGCGCAUUAAAGCUUGGGCCAUGAAGUGCAUACCAGAUGUGACUGACGAGUUAUUUUAGAGCUUGCCGAUCUGAGUACAGAGAUUGGAUUUACUCGCUAACCGUGCUGGGAGGGGAGAAUCUCAAGCUGGAUAAGUUUCCUCAUCAUACAGGUUAUUGGACUUUAAAUGAAGAUCGUGCCAUCAGAGUGGGUUGUGGUUUGCUGCUGGACUCUCCUACCAGGAUGAUAUGAAAUUUUGCAGAAGAUGCAUCCAGCUCUGCCCUGGCAACAAAAGAGGAGAGACUUCAGCAUGCAAACCUUCGUCCGUCCGGCUUGCGCCCUCUUUUUCUUUACACACUGCUGGUCUUCAGAUGGCUGCUCCAAUGCCCCAUACGCACCAGCAGUACAGUGACCGCCACCAGCCAACCACUGACCAAUCUGUUACGGUUUUACCGUACAGCGACCAGACACCACAGCUCACUGCCAAUCAGAGGCACAUGCCCCAGUGCUUUCGUGACCCAACUUCAGCUCCCCUGAGGAAGCUCUCCAUCGACCUUAUCAAAACAUACAAACACAUCAAUGAGGUUUAUUAUGCAAAAAAGAAGCGGCGGCACCAACAGGGUCAGGGUGAGGACUCCAGUCACAAGAAGGAGAGGAAGGUUUUCAAUGAUGGCUAUGACGAUGAUAACUAUGACUACAUCGUCAAGAAUGGGGAGAAGUGGAUGGACCGCUAUGAGAUCGAUUCCUUGAUAGGAAAAGGAUCAUUCGGACAGGUUGUGAAAGCAUAUGACCGAGUAGAGCAAGAAUGGGUUGCCAUUAAGAUUAUCAAGAACAAGAAAGCUUUCCUUAAUCAAGCCCAGAUCGAAGUGCGCCUUCUGGAGCUCAUGAACAAACAUGAUACGGAGAUGAAAUACUAUAUUGUCCACCUGAAGCGCCACUUCAUGUUCCGUAACCAUCUCUGCCUCGUGUUUGAAAUGCUGUCAUAUAAUUUAUACGACCUGCUUCGAAAUACCAACUUCCGCGGCGUCUCACUCAAUCUCACCCGGAAGUUUGCCCAGCAGCUAUGCACGGCACUACUCUUCCUGGCCACCCCCGAGCUCAGCAUCAUCCACUGUGACCUGAAGCCCGAGAACAUCCUCCUUUGUAACCCCAAGAGGAGUGCCAUCAAAAUAGUGGACUUUGGCAGCUCAUGCCAACUGGGACAAAGGAUAUACCAGUAUAUCCAAAGUCGCUUCUACCGUUCUCCAGAGGUGUUGCUGGGAAUGCCCUAUGACCUGGCCAUUGACAUGUGGUCCUUGGGAUGCAUCUUGGUAGAGAUGCAUACCGGAGAGCCUCUAUUUAGUGGAGCCAAUGAGGUGGACCAGAUGAACAAAAUAGUCGAGGUUCUUGGCAUCCCACCCAAUCACAUAAUGGACCUAGCCCCAAAAGCCAGGAAGUUCUUUGAGAAGCUUUCAGAUGGUACAUGGAGUGUUAAGAAGACCAAAGAUGGCAAAAGGUAUAAGCCUCCAGCUUCGCGGAAGCUCCACUCCAUCUUAGGCGUGGAGACGGGCGGUCCCGGCGGCCGACGGGCAGGGGAGUCUGGCCACGCUGUUGCUGACUACUUGAAGUUCAAGGACCUGAUCCUCCGGAUGUUGGACUAUGACCCCAAGAGCCGCAUCCAGCCGUACUAUGCCCUACAGCACAGCUUCUUCAAGAAGACUGCAGACGAGGGGACCAAUACAAGUAGUAGUGUGUCUACAAGCCCCGCAUUAGAGCAAUCCCAGUCGUCAGGAACCACCUCCAGCACCUCCUCCAGUUCAGGAGGAUCGUCUGGGACAAGUACCAGUGGCAGAGCGAGAUCUGACCCUACACAUCACCACUUGCACAGUGGAGGACACUUUGGCACGACGAUGCCUGCCAUGGAUGGUGACAGCCUCUGUCCACAGGCAAGACAGCCUUACCCGCCCCCCCUGGUGUGGGGAGGUGGCGUCGGACCAGAGUCGGUCACUGGGGAGACUCACCCAGUCCAGGAGACCACCUUCCAUGUUCCCCCUCAGCACCCCAAGGCCCUUCAUCCCCACUCCCAUAGUCAUCACCACCACGGGCAAAUGAUGGCCACUCGUCCACGCCCGCGCCACUACACCUCCCCAACACACAGCUCCUCGACACAGGACUCCAUGGAGGUGGUUCAUGGCCAUCUGUCCAUGACCUCCCUGUCUUCCUCUGCCUCCUCUUCCUCUACAUCGUCCUCUUCCACUGGGAACCAUGGCAACCAGGCCUACCAGCUUCGCCAUUUGCCUGCUGGAGCCCUUGACUUUGGUCAGAAUGGUGGGCUGAGCAUGGGACUAGGUGCCUUCUCGAACCCGCGGCAGGAGACUGGCAUGGCAGCACACCCUGCAUUCUCCAUGGGCACGAAUACGGGGCCUGCCCACUACCUAGCAGAAGGCCACCUGGGUAUGAGGCAGGGCAUGGACCGGGAGGAGUCUCCAAUGACUGGAGUAUGUGUGCAGCAGAGUUCUAUGGCCAGCUCGUGACUGCACUGACAUUUGGCUGUGUGUCCCCCCCCCACCCCCUGUGCGUCAUUUUUAAGGUGGUGUUUUUUACUACAAGGUGUGUUGACAAAAGCUGCUCACGUCAGAAGGGAGAUAUCACUGAACCGCUACUACAGAGGAAAAAAAAAACAACAAAACAACAAAAAAAAAAACCUUUGUUAAAAAGUAUAUAUGUAAUUUUCAUCGAUUUUUCUUUUGCAAUCAUUAGGCACAAAAUAAUACUGCGGAAUAACCAUAGUGAAAUCAAAACAUCCAUCUUACCAUUUCACCAGUUUCAUGUAACCACCAAGUUAUCACCUUAUGGUAUUAUGUGGCAAAAACCUUCUAAGAUGCAUUUCAGAGGAGAAGUCCGGAGCUGUCCUGCAGCUAGCCGUUGGUGGCGAAAUGCUCGGCGUCCUCGGCCGCGUGGACCGCCUGAUGUUACUGUUUUACUGGUUGUUCAUUAUUUUCUGCCCUUUUUUCUUUUUUCAAAUUUAAUUUAAAUUUUUUUUUUUUUUUUUUAUAAAGUGAAAUUCCACAUCAAAGCUGCUUGUAAAUCCUGUAGCUUGACAACAAAGGGGGGAAACGUUUGCGGUGAUAUUUCUUGACGGUCGGUUUGGUGUGACUCUGUCAAAGGGGGAACACUUAGCAGUGGAGUCCCUGUGCGUGCGCUGUCCGGGUGGGGGGGAGAACACCCACCGAUUUAUCGAGGGGGGUGGUGGUUGAAGGAGAGGCACCAGCCCUCAGGCCCACAGAGGCCUUGUAGUCCUGCGAGCUGCAACCGGGCCCCGGCACAGGCGAGAGCAGCGAUGGGCAUGGAAGGUGAAAGGAUCCGGCCCAGUGAGAGGAAGACAGUCAGCGGCUGGUUCUAGAUAACCCUUUGGCCUUAUGACUCAUGGACUUGGAAUGGGAUGGAGCUGGACAUUAUCAUUUGAAUUAAGAUGGCUUUUCUCUAUUUUUCUCUCUAGACAGCCCUUAAUUCUUAAGGAAAUUUAAGAAAAAAAUACAAAUGUAGAAAAGGUUAAUAAAAAAUUGUGAUUUUUGAGGCCUUUCUCGACAAAGAUUUCGUCUUCAGCAGGGCCCCACACAACAGGGUUUUAUUGUACAUGACAACCUCCUAAACAUCACUUCCUUCAAAGUUCACUGGUUUAAAGAUUUUUCAUAGAAAAAGAACUAUCUAUCCCACAAUCUUUUUUUUUUGUUUCCUUUUUUCUUUUUUUUUUAUUUGUUUACUCCUUCCCUCUUUUGCAUGUAGUUACUCAUCUGAACCACCUGCACAAGUCUCUCCAUCCAAAACAUGGAAACUGAAGAAAAAAAACAACAAAAACCACAAAAAAAGACGAUUUAAGUGACUGCCUUUUUUCUCCUCAAAUUAUGCUGUGAAUUUUACAAGAAUUUAUUUUCCCUUUGGAUAUGUUUUUAUACCAAAGCAGUUGUUUUAUAGCAUAUAGGUGUCUGUAACCAAUAAUGUAGCAGUUCACCACUUUGACGCAAACUUUAUUAAGACCUUCUUUUAAACGUCAACACAAACAGCUGCAAUAUGUUACUUUUAGCAGAACUGGAGAAUCGUUGUGGAGACCGUUGGCUAUUUGUUGUAUUCUGGCCAGAUUUCUUUGCAACAUUGUACCAAAACUGUUUCCAUAUGAAUUGGUAGAUUAUUUUUUGGGAGUCUUUUGAAAAAAAGAAAAAAAACCCUCGGUAUGUUAGAAAAUUUGGUAGUUACUCUGCAGGCUCCGGAGUAGCGAGAUAUAGAAGCUGAUGGUUAAAAAAAAAAAAGGAAAAAGGAGACUAACGUGUUCUAUUUCUGUCUUUUUUUUCUGUUUUUGUUUUGUAUUUCAAUUUUUUUUUUCUUUUUUGCCCCCAUCAUACUAUUUCAAAGGGUGUUGCUGCCUUUCAUACAUCAUCAACGUGGCUAGUUUCUACCGUGGAAGCAAGACUUUUGUCACUGUCUUGCUAAUCGUGGCAAAUCCGCUUGUGUUGAACGAUAGAUCUCUGAUUCAGUCGGGAAGAUCCCCAUGAUUGUCACACUGUUCAAAGGGAACGGGCUCCUCUCAGCCCGCAGUUACAUUGCUUUGCCUCGGCAGACAUGCAUGUCCUCAAAACAUUAGUCAAUAACCAGAGUUUUAAAUUAACAUUAUUUUUUUAAUUUAAUUUUUUUUUUUUUAUCAGGGAUUUUGAAGUGCUUUCUUUCUUCUGUUGGUCAUUGUGCCGGCUUUGAAAUUAAAACAAAGGAAGGAAAUAAAAAUUAGCCCACGGCCUCCUUGCAAGUUAGGGGCAGGGCACGUUGUUGUCAUUUUCUAGGAGAAACCCUUGUAUGCAGUCCUGCUCGGUUCUUUUCCAAAUAUAAAGCUACCUAUUUUGAGAUUGGGGUUUUAUCUGGAUGUCAAGGUUAAAAUUGCAAAAUUUGCAAUCACUUUUUUUUCUUUCCUCCCCCCCUUCACACCCUGCUGAAUUUGAGACAUUUAAAAUCGCGUCAGUUGUUUUACUGCUGACACUCAUACUGGUACUAAACAUUCCAAAAAUAAAGACUGAAAAAAAAACUGAAAAAAUUUGACUGCAGUGACUGGUAAGUGUGCGCCUAUUUCAGAUCAUACUGAUUGACUUCUUAUUUAGAGCAGUUGUCAUGAAAUGCAGCCCCUUUUUAAUAGUUGAAAUAGAAUUUAUGUAUAUAUUUAUAUUUUUUUAAUAAAGGAAGUAUAGAACUCACUACCUUGCUCCUGCUGGUAUGUUGAUUAUGUUUGUCAAAUUGGUGACCAUUCAGUGGGCAGGAACUCCUGUUUUCUUAGUGGCAAAACCUUGCCUUUUGGCAAGGUUUUGUCUUGACUACAUCAGGACAACACUAUGAGGUAGGGUUUGAAUCAAACAGGGAAAGCUAGAUCUUCAAACCUUAAUAAUUUUCACAGGGUAUAUUGUAAGUGCAUGUACAUCACAAAUCUUACUUUUUGGUUAUAUGAGAAGCACAUGGUUGAAAAGAGGUUCCAUUUUUCAUACGCCUGUUCGGUUUGUAGGUUCUACACAAAUAGUUGUUGACAUAUCUUAACACCCAACAGAAGCUGAAGUCCUUUUAUUUAAUUUGGAAUUAUCCCUUUCAUUUUUUUUAAUUUCACAUUUUUUCUCCACAUUUUCUUUUGUACAUGCAACAUGCACUAUAGAAUUGAACAGCAUGGGGGAAAGGAUAAGUCCAUGUAUCCACAGAUUGUAAGAUCUAGUCAAGACUUUGCUGUGUUUAUGACAAUGCCCUUUGUAUUAUAUUAAGACAGUCUUAUGUAUGAUAUAUAAAAAGAAGUUAAUUGAA